AUGGUCUAUACAGACGAAGAGCAACCCCUGCUCCGGAUAAUCUCCCAUGACCAAGAUUCUAACUGCCAAACCAAUGACGAAGGUACUUUGGACUUCGAGCCUCGGGACCCUGAGGAUCCCCGUAACUGGCGACCGGCUUUUAAAUGGAGUAUUGUGUUACUGCUAGCAUUAAUGGCUUUCACUGUCACAUUCACAUGUAUUGGUGUGGUUCCCGUUGCUAGCCAGAUUGUCGAAGACCUUGAUGGGAAACAUGCAAGUUCUUCGACCAGCGCCCUCCUCGUUACCAUCUGGGAGCUGGGUGAAGCUGCCGGGCCUCUCCUCAUUGCUCCGCUGAGCGAGGUCUUUGGUCGUUAUCCUGUUAUGAACGCGUGUAACAUUGGGUUCAUCGCAGCGACUGUGCUUGCAAUUGGCAGCCAAAAUAGUAAAGUCUUCAUUGCUGCGAGGAUGCUCACUGGACUUGCUGUUGCUUCCAAUGUGCUCAACCCUGCCAUUAUUGGAGACAUGUUUGAGUCGGACCAGCGUGGAUCAGCGAUGAGUUUGAUCAUGCUUGCACCACUGAUCGGUGGCGCCAUUGGCCCAGCCAUAUCUGGAGCCAUUGCGCAGGCGAUGGGCUGGCGACAGAUCCUCUAUAUUGCACUUGGUCUCGCUGUGCUUUGUGAACUAUCUUUUCUUAUGUACUUCCGAGAGACAUACAAAUUGGCCAUUCUCAGACGGCGAAUCGCAGUGUCCCACCGUGAUAGCUGUGGGCCCGAGGAAUCCCUGGACAACGACACGAGACACAAGAAUAUUUUGAAGCUCUGGCAUUCAGUCACUCGGCCCUUUGCUGUACUCUUUGGAUCGAAAGUGCUCAUGCUUCUUUCGGUGUUUGCAUCCGUUUCUUUUAGCUAUUUCUACGUCAUCUCCGUAUCAUUGCCAGGUAUCCUGGUUGAUCUCUAUGAUUUCACGCCUACACAGACUGGCUCAGCAUUUGUAUCGUUCAGCAUCGGUUCCUUUAUCAGCGUUAUGGUCUGCAACUUCAGCCUCGACCGCAUAUACAUCCGCCUCCGUCGUCGGUCAAAUGCAGAAGCAAAGCCAGAGUAUCGGCUGCCACUUGGUAUCCUGGGAGCAUUCCUACUCCCCCUAUCAAUCACGAGCUAUGGCUGGAUAGCGCAGUACAAACUUUCUGUUUUCCUACUUCUCGCGUCAGUUUCCUUGAUGGGCUUCGCGUUACUGCUUACAAUGGUGCCUCUCUCUGCGUACGUCGUCGACGCUUGCGGUAUAUACUCUGCAUCUGCUAUGACAGGCGUAAUUGUGACGAGGUGCUUGGCAGGCACCUUCUUCCCGUUAACAACAGCUCCCUUAGUUAAGCACUUGGGCUACGGCUGGGGUUUCACUUGCUUCGGAACUCUGAGCUUAUCCCUUUCCAUUGUGCCUAUUUUGAUAUUGCGGUUUGGACAUAAUUGGCGGCAAUCUUCAGACUUCACGAAAGACGCUUAG